AAAUCGAAAGCUAUAUCGCGCGUCUAUGUCACGUGGUGAUUUUCCAUGUUCCGAAUUGGGGACAAACAAAGAAGAUAAAACAUAUUCGCCUCUUUGUUAAUCGCUCGCAAUAGUUACCAAUAAGUUUAGUGACACUAACAAGAAUGGGAAAAGUGAGAGAAAAUGGCACUACGAGCAAUAGGAAGGAAAACGAGACGUCGUUAAACGAGAGCGACGCGUGGGCCCUUCUGGCACUGAAGUCGGCACCGGCCAGUCCGACGAAGAUGCAGUGGAACCCGGAGGCAAAAGGUGCACCGAUCGCACGGCUCGAGGGUCGUGAGUUCGAAUACAUGGUUAGACAGCGACGUAUCACUAUCGGGCGUAACAGCAGCAAGGGUGAGGUCGACGUCAACAUGGGCCACUCCAGCUUUAUCUCGCGACGACACCUCGAAAUCUUCUAUGAUCAUCCCUUCUUCUUUAUGAUCUGCAACGGUAAAAAUGGUGUUUUCGUCGAUGGAGUAUUCCAACGAAAGGGCGCGCCUGCCUUCCAGUUGCCAAAGACGUGCACAUUCAGAUUCCCGAGUACAAAUAUAAGGCUCGUAUUUCAGUCGUUAGUGGACGAGCAAGAGCAAAGUAACGUACGCGUACCUUCUCCACCAAAACAAAGGGCCCCCUUGCCACCUCUGCGUAUCAAUAUUCCGGAUACAGGAUACAGCAGUCCGUUUCCUUCCCCGACUGGAACUAUUAGCGCUGCUAAUUCCUGUCCUGCUAGUCCACGUGCUGGUCAGGGAAGGAGAAAUAUAUCCGCAGAUCUUCAAAUGGUAGCAGUGUAUGCAGCUGCUGUAGCCAAUGACCCACAAAAUACUGGCUUGGAAAGGCACGACGGUGGACAAAGUUCCAGCAGACAGAUAAGUCCAGAGCCUGGUAUCGAAUCGCGUUAUAGAAGCGGAGGUAGUACUGGGCCGAAUGGUACAACGGCGCAUUGUAGUCCACCAAAGGAUGACUCUAAACCACCAUAUUCGUAUGCACAGCUAAUCGUUCAAGCGAUAGCGUCUGCUGCGGACAAGCAACUCACGUUGUCCGGCAUUUAUUCUUACAUUACCAAGAAUUAUCCAUACUAUAGAACCGCGGAUAAAGGCUGGCAGAAUUCUAUAAGGCAUAAUCUUUCGUUGAAUCGUUAUUUUAUUAAAGUACCGAGAAGCCAGGAAGAGCCAGGAAAAGGGUCGUUCUGGAGAAUAGAUCCUCAAUCGGAAGCUAAACUCAUAGAACAGGCCUUCAGGCGAAGAAGACAACGCGGUGUUCCUUGUUUCCGCGCUCCUUUUGGUCUCUCAUCCAGGAGCGCACCUGCUUCACCAUCCCACGUAGGAAUCAGUGGGCUGAUGACGCCAGAAUGCCUCAGUAGGGAAGCAUCGCCAGGGCCAGAAUCUUACCCUGAUAGUUCUGUUCCUUCUCCAGCUGGUCAAAUGACCAGUCAGUCCGCGCCUGGAUCACCGGGUCAUCCGUACGCGCCCUCGAGCCAGUCGUCUCAUAAAGGUCGUCUGAUGCAGCAGAUUACUGUUGUCACGAACGGCGUCACCGGAGAUACAGAUAAAUACGUCGUAUCCGGAAAUACUACAGAGGAACAUUCUCUUUCCCCGGCCGGUCAAUAUAGUCCGGCUCCCGUUAUUGUACAAACCACGUAUAACUACAGCGGAAGCUUUAUCGGUCCCGACGCAGGCGUCGGAGUUGUGAAACGCUCGCACGAGGAAUCGGACAGUUCUCCAGGUUCACCGGCACCGCUUGCUAUCGUUGAAAGUCCCGAACCACUCGAGCAUCAACAACCACAGUCGAAACGUCAACGCGUUCACGAUAUGGACGACCAUUGAAUCGUUGUCCUAGGUUUCCGUUACGUAGGACAUUUGUUACAUCGCGCUAUUCGCUCAUCGUUGAAUAUAUCUGCACGCGCGUGUACCUCAUACCUGCUCAUGUGUAUGUACGCAGAAACGCGCGUACACACCUUUACCCAAACUUUUUCGGAUCCAUGCCCGUAAUCCAUACCACAUCUAAACUUACAUAAAACCUCAUCUUCGUACGGGCGCGUACAAAACACGUACGCGUACACUCAGUGUUGUACUUUCAUUCAUUUUAUACAUAAUGAUUACUUUAGUCUGCGUAUAAUAAAUACUCGAUCCAAU